GUAGGCGGGUCUUCCGGCGUCCGUUGCUAAGACAAGCACGUUUCUCUCCUUAACAACCACUUGGAGGCUGGCGGCCGGGGUCGAGGAGGCGCAGCAACAGAAUGCCCUACUUAUGCAAAACUGUUUGGCCUGAAUUCUAAUCAUUCCUAGUCUGCAUCUGACUGGCUUCCUGCAGGCUGUUUUGCCCCUUCCCAGGGUCACAGUGGACGGGCGAUGGCAGACACCGGGGAGGGGAAAAAAGAGGAGGCAGACUAUAAGAGACUUCACAUGUUCCCGCUGAUCAGGGUAAGAAUGAGGACAAAGAGGUACGAUGAGUUCUUGGCUCAGCAUUCAGACAUGCCAGAGGAAAUGCGAGUAGAGGCCAUGGAGUUGUGUGUUACUGCUUGUGAGAAAUAUGCCACCAACAAUGAGAGUGCAGCCAAGAUGAUCAAAGAAACCAUGGACAAGAAGUUUGGCUCCUCCUGGCAUGUAGUGAUUGGUGAAGGUUUUGGUUUUGAGAUCACCCAUGAGGUGAAGAACCUGCUGUAUAUGUUUUUUGGAGGCAGCCUAGCGGUUUGUGUUUGGAAGUGCUCCUGACAUACUCUGCCUGUGUGCCAGCUUGCUGCAACCGAGAGAUUUUUUCAAACUUUUGAUUGGGUUUUUUGUACAACUUAAAGGGCAGCUUUAUUUUUAAUAAUAAAAUAUUGGGCUUUUUUCUUAUUUAUAUACCAGUUUUAUCAAAAAUAUUUAGCGUCUGUGUGCGUGUAAAUCUGUUGAGCUACCUAAUCCAGCUCAUAGGGUUUCUGAUUUUACCAAUGUGGCUUUUUACCGAGAUGAUGCAAGAGGAAUCAGGGAAUGGUGGUUUUUUGAGGGGGUGGAUUGUGGGGGCACAGUUUAUGAAGCCAUACAUCCUGGAUGGGAAAAGAGGGAAGAAUCCUGACCUGCAACCGCCUUCUCCUUGCUGUCUUCCAAACCUUCCUGUUUUCUGGGAGAAGGCCAGGGGGAAAAAAGGCAACUGAUUUCUCUGUUCCAGAUGACAGUUGCCUGUUUUUGAAAAGCAUGCAGUGCCAGCCUUCAGAAUCUGACCCGAUGGACGGUUGCUAGGAUAAUUUACCUCCCGCCUCCUCACCACACCUACAGAGCACUGAUAUAGUUUGUAAAGCGUAUGGCACACAAAUAAAGACUAUUUUACAUAGCAUGUGGGGUGGGGUGGGGGUGUCAUGAUGGCAAUAUGUUGUAUCUUGUUUAGAGACGGGUAGUGGGAAGAAGCUCCAUCUGAGCUGCCAGUUUUUCAAACUUUUAAGUACAGCUGUACUUCCAUUGUGUACAGUUUAAUAAUGCUUUCGCAAAGGUGUUGAUUAACGGAAUGACCAUAAUUGUAUUUUGAAUAUGUCUUCUUUGAAUCCAGACUGUGAAAGGGACUUCAGUACUUUUUUUACGAUAAUAAAGCUUUUAAAAUCCA